AUGGAGAAGCUGGCCAGCGCUCUGCGCAGCGUGGCGCCAGAGUUGGUGAUUUCCACCCUUUUUGUCUUCGUCUCGGUGGAUGCAGCUGUGUCUGCCAACCAUUGCCUCGAAGGCUGCCAUGCGCAUGGUGGAGGCCUGUCCAGGCGACUCAUGGGCACGCCAUGCCCAUCACCGACAUUUAGCGUGCAGGUCUCUCUGGCCACAGGCUUCGCAGCAGCCGUCGCCAGCAGCUUCACCUACAAGCCCAAGGGCAUGACUGGCGAGGGCAACUUCGGCUGCCACUUCAAUCCUGCUGUGACGCUCGCUCUGGCCCUGCGAGGGAAGCUGCGCCCGCUUCGCGCAGUUGAGCUAAUCCUGGCACAGCUGUUUGCGUCGGUCCUCGCUGCGGCCCUGGUCAUGGCCGUGGUGGGCCUGCAGUGCUUGCGGCAGGACUUCGACAUGAUGACGCAAGAGAUGUCCCCUCCCGCGUCGCGCAUACUACUGCAGGCCAUCCUGAACCUGCUAAUCAUCUUGGUCGCGCUCUGGUCACACGAGCGGCAGGGGUCCAUGUCAGUGCCGGUCUUCGUGGGCUUCUCUUACAUCGCUGCCAGUCUGGUUGGGCUCCAGCAAUUAGGGUUCGAUCUGCCGAACAUCCUGCGCUCCUUUGGCCUCCUGGUCAUCGGGGUGAGGAACUGGGCCUGCGUUUGGACCACGAUGCUGGGUUCCCUUUCUGGUGUCAUCAUCGCAGUCGUGCUGGACCACAGCGUGUAUGGACCGGAAGACUCGGAGACUGCAGACAUGGAGCACAGUGUGCCGGCGCUUCUCAAGCAAAGGGUGGACUUGCACCUUUGGGGCUUUCCGAUGCCGACACAGUCUGAGGGCUUUCGGGUCUACGACCCCAAGCUGCUACAGGACCGUACCCAGCUUAGCAAUGUACAGGCAUUGAAUUGGAUGGCCGCAACCUUGUACAGCCCUUUCAUUUCGAAUGGAACCAUUCGAGAUGUUAGGCUGGCCGAGGGCAGGUUUGGGAAGGUGAUCCUCACUCCUGCCCAGGAUGCCAUAGCUCUCAGAGCGGUGCACCGCCAGGCCGAAUAUGGGUCCUGCGGGCAUUGGGAGUACAAGGCCGGCGGACGGCAGGUCGGCAUGACCGAUGCUGCGGCAAACGCGGGUGCAGAGCUUUUCGCGGGCAUCGAUGCGGAUGGAAACGGCCGCAUUGAUGCUCGGGAGCUCGAGCGGGCGCUACGACGUGUGGGUGUCGAGGUAAGCCAAGAGCAGGUUCACGACAUGCUGGAGGUCUUCGACUCUGACCAAGACGGCAGUGUGGAUUUCAAAGACUUCUGGAAGGCCUUGGUCACCACCUGGUUCCCCCUCGUCUCCGGGACUCACCUGCCGAGUGAUGGAAGCACGGCAAUGAGCGAUGGGCGCAGUCGCGCGGACAACCUGCGCUGCUUCCUACAGCGGCGAUUCGCAGAGGCUUGGCCGGGGCUCCCAGGGCAUCGGCCCCUGGCCCUGGCCCUCGCGGCGGAGCGGGUCGCUGGCGAGACGAUGUCCGAGAGAGAGGCGCGGCAGCAAUUCAGAUUGGUUGGCAUGGCCUUGGCACAGGAGAUACGAGAGAGGCGCCCUGACUGGGUCCUGGCUGCCCCGGAAGAAGAUCUGCCGGGCCUUUUGCGAGGACUGUUGCAGCAGAAGAGCGCCAGGAAGGAUGCCUUUGCAUCUCUGGAUGAGAUCCACCGGCGCUUGCGGGAGCGACGAGAAGUGCGCCUGACGGACGAAGAGUUGGAAACUUAUCGACAUUGUGCGCCAAUCGUCGGUAGCAAAGACUGGUCCAAAGCGACCGUCUCCUGGAUUUUGGAGGAGCUGCGGUCCCCAGGCUUUGGGCCACAGUGGACGGAAGAACUCUGUCUGCUGGAUGUCGGCAGCAGCUACGGUGCUUUUUGCGGGCGUGGCAUGCGCGUCGUUGCUCUGGACCUGGCUCCGGCACAUCCGGAGGUCCUGGCCGGUGACUUCUUGCAGCUGGACGUGGCCGAGGCCAAAGAGCUCUACAGUUUGGAUGCCUCGGGCCGCCUGAAGUCUCUCAAGGCUGCAGGCUUCCAUGCUGUGGUCAUGAGUCUGGUCCUGUCCUUUUUGCCGACACCGGAGCUCCGUCGAGCGAUGCUGGACAAGGCACGCCGAUGCCUCUGCUUCGGCGGAGCGCUGCUACUCGUUGAGAAAACCUCUCUGGCACCCACUGGCCCAACUGGCACUGCACAGCGACGGCGCUUUGAGGAGGCGCUGACGGCUGCUGGGUUUGAGAUAUGCAGGUACGCUGCGGUGGGCCACCUCGAAGGGGACAAGGGAAAUCCUCAUGCUCAUGCCUGGCACUUGAAGCGGGCAGAGGUCCCGCUCCGGUCCGCGCCAUUGCCUUGCUUCAAGGAGGACGAGAUCCCCGAAGAUGAUGACACGAAGCAAGAGCCAGAGCGGCCACAAAAGAGUGCAACACAUUUCUGUUGCUUGCCCUUCACACCUGUCAGUUCAACUUGUGGGAUUUCGAAGCAAGCGUGGCCAGUCGUAGGACACUGCUUUGUAAGAUCCGAGCAGCUGGCAUGGUGGACGAAUUCUGGUGCGCAGGAAGCGGACAAAGUGAGAGUCUGCAAUUUUAGUGAUGUGCCCCACCACACGUCCACUGCACUGGGAGCUAGGGCCUAG